AUGGCGUCUCAGAGACACUUAAAGGAUCUUUUACAAGAAGAUCAAGAGCCAUUUCAGCUUCAAAGUUACAUCUCCGACCGUCGUUGUCAAAUCAAUCCACCGGUAACGCAUUUACAAGUCAAGAAACGCAGACACAUCUCUCAAAACGCGUCUGGACUUCCCUCGCGUUUCUGCCGCAACGCUUGUUUCUUCUCUCUACGUGAAUCUCCUGACCCCAAGAAAUCUCCACUCUUCGAACUCAAGUCGCCGAACCGUAACCAAAACGCGAUUUUCGUCAAUAUACCAGCCAGAACCGCUUCGAUUCUACUAGAAGCUGCGGUUAGGAUACAGAAACAGUCUUCUUCCUCGUCGGAAAGUUCGAAAACGAGAACGCGAAACGCAGGAAACGCGUUUGGGAUAUUUGGUUCAAUGUUGAAGAAGCUAACGCACCGCAAGAAACGCGAAAAUAGCGGCGGUAGGGUUACUUCUUCUGUGAAGGAUAUGUUGAGAUGGGAAUCUCCGGUUGUUCGUAAAAUAGUUACGAGAAAAUCUAAACGCAAAGAAGAAACGCAGAAAACCGCGUCCGAAACGCAGUUUUCACGUAGGUCUAGUAGUGGUGUUUGGUCAGAGAGUGUUACAAACGGAGAAUGCGAUUUCGAAACGUCGAUUAGUUGUAGCAGCGAAUCGGACGGUUUAGAUGAGUUUACGAUGAACGGUCAAGAUUUAUCGGAAGAUAAGCGUUUUUGUGAAAGCCCGUUUCAUUUCGUUCUCCAAACAAUGCCUUCUCCUUGCGGUUUCAAAACGCCGAAUUUCUUGUCUCCUGCGGUUUCUCCAGGCCGCGAUUGUCAAGAGGACGAUGACGAAGACAUUCACAUGGAUGACAAUAACAUUACUUCAAGCUUCAGAUCUGUACAAAAAGCAAAGCAUCUGCUUCUACAGAAGCUUUGUAGAUUCGAGCAACUCGCGGGUCUAGAUCCCGUGGAACUCGAGGAAAGAAUGUCAGAUCAAGAAACCGCGGAAGAGGAAGACGAAGAGGAGAUGAAAUAUCUUUAUCAUUGUGAGAUUAUAACUCGGAGAGUUCUUAAAACGUAUUUUGAAGAUAUGAAGGAAGUUCCUGAAGGCAUCGAAGCAUUGAUCUCAGACCUUGUAGCAGAGGAAUUACAAUACGACAGCGUUGUGCUUGAUGUUGAAGCCGAAGAAGAAGCCGCCAUUGUAGCCAAGAGGGUAUGCGAGAGAUUGGGAUCUUGGAGAGAUGUGGAAUCGAACACAAUCGAUAUGAUGGUCGAACAUGAUUUCAGAACAGAGAGUUUGGGGUUAUGGAGAUCAAAGAACGACGCAGAAGUCGCGGAUACCGUUUUGGAUAUCGAGUUUGAGAUUUUUGUGGAUUUGGUUGAAGAACUAUCAGAAGACAUUGGCGGAGGUUGGUAA